CCUCCAUCCACACACCCUUGUGCCCAUCCUCACGAGGCAGCCAUCCAGCGUAAUUCUUGCGUCCCCCUCCCCUGGCCCAGCCCACCUCUCCUCUCCUCUCCUCCCGUUCUCCCUCGGGUGUGUGAGCCAGGACCGCUCCAUCCAGCGGAGCUCUUGGCGAAGAAGCUGCAGGUGAAACGAUGAAAACCGAUGGAUCCGCGACAGGACUAACGGGGUUCCGGGAAAGGGGUCGCAGGCUCUCAGUGUUGUGCUGAAGAACAGAGAGACAAAGUGAGGACAGAAGACACUAAAGCUUGUCUGGACCCAUGUCUGCACCUGCUCCAGCCAAUCGGAGGUCUGGGUUGUGCUCUCGCCGAUUCAACCCUCUGAAGGCGUUGCAGCCCAAACGCCGCUUGCAGCAAAUACUGGCGUCCUCACCCGUCCCGGUGCCGAAGCCGGCGUCUGGGUCUGGGUCGGGGACGGCUGCGCCAGCGGCGUCGGUGGCCGUUCCUGUGCCAGCGCCCCCUGCGUUUGACUACUGCAGGUUCAUAGAGCUAGACUACGUUCCUAUGGAGACGGGCUAUAUGGUCUCAAUGCGUCCGACUAAAGGCUAUGCAUCGACCAAGUCGCCGACGAAAGGACAGGCUUCCACAAAGUCUCCGGAUCGCCACAGCCGUUCAACAAACUCUCCCUCGACCCCUCGUACUCGGCGGACACCAGCCGCACCCAGUAACAGAGAUCCCCAUGGCAACACAUCCCUCAGCAGCAGCAGCAACUCAGGCUCUUGUAAAGGCAGCGACUGCAGCCCCACCAAAGGACGUCAUCAGAAGUACUCAUGUACGGAAAACCAUGGUAUCCGGCCCCCUCCACCGGAGCAGUACCUCACACCCCUGCAGCAGAAAGAGGUGUGCAUCCGACACCUGCGGGCCAGGCUAAAUGAUACCAUCAACACCCUCCAAGACAGGGACACAGAGAUAGAUGAGCUGAGAGGCCAGCUGUACAGGAUGCAGGAGGACUGGGUUGAGGAGGAAUGUCACCGUGUGGAGGCUCAGCUGGCCCUGAAGGACGCGCGCCAUGAGAUCCAGCAGCUCAAACAUGCUGUGGACACUGUUCGCGCCACACUCAGUGAUGCAGGGGGGCUCAGUGGCGACGUAGGGGUCCAGAAGUACUUUCAGGACAUCAACACUCAGAACCACAAGCUUGAGAACCUUUUGAUCAGCAUGGAGCUAGCCCAGGCUGGAUUAGCCAAGGAGGGGGAAGCCAUACUAGGCUGUCGGACCCGUGUUGGAGGCUCGGCACCAGCAUCGGUAUCAGGGGAAAGUCCAGGGGGAAUACCCAAACCGGCAGUAGGAGGGAGGGGGUCUUGCUCCUGCGACGGUAGCCCAGCCCGUUCUCUGACCCGAAGCUCCACCUACACUAAGCUGAGCGAUCAGGCGCUUGUGGACCGAAACGUAAAUGGCUCGGACUUUCCUUGUCUGUCAGGUGACGGCACCCAGGAUAGCGGUUUUGUGUGCUGCGGGGAGAGCAGCGUCCCCAGCCAGGCCGACCUGCUGUUAGAGGCCGCCUUCCUCUCUGAGGAAACAGCAUCUUUACUCAACUCCUACGCACAAACCUUUUCCCAAUCUCUGCCCCACUCUCUACCUCAAUCUUUGCCCCACACUCUUCCCCAAUCUUUGCCCCACACUCUUCCCCACUCUCUGCCCAACUCUCUGCCCCAUUCUCUGCCCCACUCUCUGCCCCACUCUCUGCCCCAUUCUCUGUCCCACUCUCUGCCCCACUCUCUGCCCAACUCUCUGCCCCAUUCUCUGCCGCACACCUUCUCCCAUACCUUACCUCGGUCUUUCCCUCGCAAUUUGUCCCACUCUGUGGCCCACACUAUGCAGCACUCCACCACCUAUGAGAAGCUGUGCACAGGUGAGCGGCUGGCACCCACUCACUGCGGUCUCGGUGGAGUGGGUUGUAUGAGCCAUCCUUGCCUGUCCCACCACCACCUCUACCUGCACCCCCUGCGGGAGACAGGCAUUCAAACUGAAAGCUGCCCCAUCCCUGCAACGGCAGGUUAUCCCUCUGAUCUGGAUACCAUUGCGGAGCAACGCACCUUCCGCUCCCAGGCCUGCAGCCCCACCUCCACCUGGAUGUCUGAUGAGGGGGAGGAGGAGCUGGACUCCAUCACCACCACAGCUUCAAUAACCACUGCGACGAUCAUGAGCACGGCCACAGAGUCGAUCCCGGCCUCCAAAACCCCGCUGGUCCCUCACUUACCACAGUCUGCUACAGUGGCGUGUUCCAUGGAAAGUCCUUCGUGUGGGGGGGAAGAGGGAGUGGAGGAAGUGGAAAAGCAGGAGAAUGAGAAGAGAGAGAAGGAAUCUGAAGCAACGGAGUGGCAGGAGGACACAACAGUGAUCAACCUGGCAGAAAAAGGGCAUCAGACGCAAAUGGGCUCAGAGGGAGGGAAUGAGGUGGAAGUUCAGGGUGCAGUGGAGGAGGCAGCACCAGGUAAGCUGUGUAAUUUAACAGAGACAUCAGCAGGGACGUUGGGUGAGCUUCAUUUUGGAAGUUGCUGUGGAGAAGGCACACAGUCUGGGACAACACUGGAAAACCUUAGCAUGGAAGACGGGCUGCAAGAAGUUGGUUCAUCAGCAGGAACAACCAAGGUAGAGACAGAAGAGUUGAGUCCAGGUCGCCAAGGGUUAUCACCAGAUGUAGAACAGCCUCACACUUCGCAGCCAAGGAGAUCUACUUCCCAUGAGGAGAUAGCUGGCGUCACUGUAGUGGAGUUGAAUGAUGAGGAUGAUGAUGAAGAUGGAACUGAAGAACAUGGUGCCACAGGGGGUGCCACAGCAGAGGUAGAAAAUCCAUCGAGCUCGGGGAUAAUUGAGAAAAGCUACUGGAGUCGUCACUUCCUGGUUGAUCUGCUGGCAGUGGCCAUUCCUGUGGUGCCAACAGUGGCGUGGCUGUGCCGCGGCCCAGUCCGUAGCGGACCCAUGUAUCAUAUAGGGUCGCUGCUGCGAGGCUGUUGCACUGUGGCACUGCACUCGCUUCGCAGGGGAGGUGGGUUAAGGCAUUACCCCGCAGGCGGGGGAGACCUGGGCGGAUCGCAGAUAUGAGGAGUCUAUAAGAGGGUCUGGGUCCUUACCUUGUUGGAAGAUACCCGUAGCGUGAGAGGAAGAAGAGAAGAAACUUCAUGUCCUGGAUUCCUCAUCAAGGUUAAUAGCUGAGGGAACAUCAGGAACAAGAAAUGUGCAUUUAUGACUAAAAUCUCUGACUGGUAAAGUCUGUUCUGUUUGGUCGUGCUCUUUAUUGUCUCUCACCCACUGGUCCUUGCUGUUGCUACCAAGAUGUCCGCCAACACUACUGACUUGUGCAAAACUGAAUGAGCUGGUUGAAAUGAAUGAUCUAUGCUUGGAUGUUAAACGCUGAUUGUUUUCUUUUUAAAAUGCAGGGAAAUGUUACAGGUUCAUUGAUUUGUCAACCUACCAGGCUGUCUCAAUUCUGGCAUGUUCUAAUGAUCUCGGUGAGUAAGUACAUGAAAUAUGGUAUGCGUAUGUAUCAGAUGUGUCUCUGUAUAACCAAAUGGCCUCGUUGUCUGCAGUGCAUGAGCUACACUCUGCACACUAACCUGCAGCAGCGACUAAUGGAAGAUCCACCCUAAUUCGGAUUUCUGAAAACAUGGACUUUAUCUACUACCAAGAAACAAUGAUGUAGACACAGAACUCAGGUUGAUUCUAAGGGUAGAACACACCGCAGCCAGGCUGACAAGAACCGUAGAUGCUAACAACACUUUUUGCUGUUGGAGGGCAGAUCAAUCGUGCUGUCAAGCCAAACACCGUUUGGUUGUUUCUGAUUAUGCCAGGCAGGCACUGUGCAAAUUGAGCCAGAUUUGAACAUAAAACUGGUUGCCUGUGAUUGGAGUCGGGAUGAAUUUCUGCGAAAUUUGUUUGUUGUUUGUUUGAGGGGCCAUGAAGUGGGGAUUUAGACCUAAAACAGCCCUGCAAUUCAACAAAGGACAGAGCUGUGUUGUUUCAUACAUGAAAUACAAUCCAGAAAAUCUGGAUCCAUGAAAAACACAUCCAUGACUUUGAGUUGUCUUGCGGUUUGAGCAAUUUCCCGCAUAACUACUAGCUCGUUUGGAGCUGGAGUCAGAAGGCGAUUAGCUUAGCUUAGCAUGAAGACAUUUAUUCAACCGAGCAGAAAAUGCCACUUAUUACUACUAGCAAACCUUGUUUUCCUUUUCUCUUCUCCAUGCACAGCAUUCGUUUGGGUUGUUGACUGUGCAGUUAAAUCCAGGACCUACAUAUUGUUUACUCCUUUACAUAGACAGUAUAACAGAAGUGGACGUAUCCACCAUAACAUCAUUGGUUUGUGGAUUACCAUUUUGUUUACCACGAGGUAGCCGAACCCUAAAGAAUGGGACAAUCAUUUACUAAAUUAAGCUGCAUUAGAGAAGACUUGAAACUAGCAAUUGAGACCAUAAACUGAUGGUUGCUGAGGUAAUAAAUCAUAGACUUCUAUACAACCAGAUCUCUUUUUGCCACCAGAGGUGGCGCCCCCUGAUGGCCAUUCGAAAUAAUGCACGUUUAAGGCACUUCCGCAUUGGUUUCACUUUUCAUACCAGGAGGUACGUCCACUUCUUUCAUAAAGUCUGUGCUCCCUUAUGGUUUCUCUCAACCAUUAAAGGAAUAGUUCGACAUUUUGGGAAAAAUACUUUUUGCUUUCUUGCCACGAGUUAGAUGAACCUUGCAUUUGAAGCAAACUCAGCUGAACUGUUGAAAAUAAUUAGACUCUGCUUUCAUUUCACACAACACGCGCAAGAAAUCUCUUCGAUUCAACAAAUUGUUUGUAGAUACUUACUGGCUCAGUUUGACACGUUGCUGUUGAUCUGAAUGGCGUGCGUUGCGCUCAGUCUGUGCUCUGUGCUGUAUAUUUCUGCUAACUUAAUGCUCUUGUUGGUGUAGUUUAACUGUCACUCUUGUAGUGUGUAUUUGAAGUCAGCUGUACAAGACUUAGUGAGUCACUGCGAAUAAAUCAACUUUAUUUGUGUAAUAGAUCAUUCUGCAAAGCAUUUCUAUACAUGUACUACGUGUUUGUCGACGCUCAAAAUGUAAAUCAAUAAGAUUCCUCAGAGUCGCGUUUAGGAUCAGGGUCUUUACUUUGUGUGAAUGUGUGUCUUUGAUGAAAGUCACACCUGGUGGAAAACGUCUUCUGUUUGCUGAUCUUGUGCAAAAUGUAUAACUUCAUGUGUAACAAGGGCAAAUAAGCAGCCUGCAACUGUAAAAUCUAAAAUCAUCUGAUAGUCAGAGACUCAUGAGCCAAAUGUGGACACAACCAGCAAAAAAUAGUCUGACGCCAACUGAAUUGUUUCGUUCUUUGGUGAAGAAAUAAGCAGCAUGACUCCUUCAUUUCCUUUUUUUUUUGGUUGACAUAUUUUGCACUAUUGUUCACUUUAUAAAUUUUAAGCAAUUACUUGAAGUCUGAGAUUGUAUGUGUAUCCAAAGUGUUGUAUGUCUAGUGAGUUCUGAUUGUUCUACAGCGUCAAUUCAGUUUGACAAUGUGCUGAUUAUAUUUCAGGCAAAGUUAAGGCAGAUUUUUCCAGAUAGAUCCUUAGAAAUACCAUUACAAUACACGUCAUUAUUUCUGUGAAUACUAUAAAACAGUUGAUUUCAUUAAUAACGAUAGGAGCUAUUGAUCUCAGCUCUUUACAUUUCACCACAAUAUGUAUCGACAGACCGUACAAAGUAAUGGAGUCUAAAUGCUGUUGUAAAACUCACACUGAUAGAGAAUGAGCAGUGUUUAUGCUAAGUGGUCAAAUGAUGUAAUGGCCAGACGUCAAUGACAAUCAUGAGAAUUCCUGUCUGUGUUUGGUUUCCACUUCAUCGACCUGAAGGAUCCAGAAAAACAGUGGCCGUUAGCAAUGUAUUGAGAUCUAUGAAAAGAUUGACAGAAUGCCUUAGAGACCCAAAGGACCACCUCUAACCACAACAUCACCGUCAUUAUCAUGAGUUGUGCAUUGUUGCCUUUGCAUUUUCUGACUGUAUGAGCUGCGAGCCGCUCGGCUUAAGUGUGGGAGGCUAAAACUAUUUAAUGUUUUACAAAAAGCCAUAUAAUCCUGUGAGGGAACAGGUGUGAGAAUGUGGGAGGCGGCCUCCUCCUCUCCAUAUUGAUGUUUUGUGAAAAAAAAUCUCUAAUGUUGCAAGUCAUGUGAACGAUAACAUCAGUAUAUCAGAAUUGUACUUUGAUUUAAGUCCGUCCAACUCUGCUGCUGUCAUUAAAAGCAGGCUAUUGUAACAAACACGGUGAUGGAGGAAAGGAAAGGGUAGAGAUAGUGACCUCGGGAUGCUGUAUCAAGUGGUUCAGGUUUAGGAAUCCAGGCUUGUGGGUAGCAGCUUCAUCCUAACCCCAUUCAUUUGCCUCUUUGCACAGCAGGCUACACUUAAGUUGCUUAUCUUCAUCUUGUUAAGUUAUCUUGUGCACACAAGACAUAAACCUGAGGGGUGUACUGUCUUAGGGCAAAGAAAACUAACCUGUGUUAAAGCGUCAAUUUUUGUUGUGUAAAAAUGUGUUUUAACACGACCAAACUCUACGUGUCAUCACACAUUGUAAAGUCAUCUAAACACGAAAUCUCUACGAUGUUUUUGCGCAAAUGGCCUUCCAUAACUCUUGAGUUAACCGCAAAAGAAUAGUUUUUUAACAUAACCAAACUUCACGUGUUAAGACACAUUUUAAUGUCUGAAAACGGAAUCUCUAAAAUGUUAUUUGUGCAAAUUGUCUUCCUUAAUUUUUGUUGAGGUAACAGUGUACAAAUAUAGUGUUAACACGCAUUUUAAUGUUGUCUAAACACAACAUCUCUAAGAUGUUAUUUUUGCGCUUACCAAACUCUUCGUGUUAACGGGGCCUGGCAAUGUCGAUGUCGCUUCGUGCUACACCCCCUCUGGUGCACACAAGUUACGUAUCCUUUGCAUCGUGUACACAGAAAAUAAAAGCAAUUGUCAGAUACGCAGAAGACAUUAUGUUGUACACACAAUUUCCUAACUUGUUCGACCAAGCUGUUAAAAUAGUGUGUGCAAGAAAAGAAGACAAUAAAUUGUAUCUCUUGUGCACAGAAA